AUGCAGCAGCAGCAGCAGCAGCCGCAGGCGCAAACCGACGUGACCGACAUCAUCAUCGACGAGAGCCCUGCGCCGAUGGAGGUCGAGGAGCUUCCCAAUGUUCACGACUAUGAGGCAUUCGCUGCCAAGGCAAUGCCCGACUUGGGACUCGAGAUUGAAGACUUCCAGGCGCAGACGUGGCGUAUCGAGAAGUGGAGCCAGCAACCAAAGCGGCUGCAGGGCCCAGAGUUUAGCUGUGGUGGCCACAAAUGGCGCAUCCUGCUGUUCCCCCAGGGGAACGCCAAUGGGCAGCCCAACGACAUGGUAUCGGUCUACCUGGACUAUGCAAACCCCAAGACGGCGCCCGAGGGCUGGCACGCAUGCGCCCAGUUCUGCUUGGCGAUUUCAAACCCUUGGGACCCGACCAUCCACACCUCGUCCCAUGCGCACCACCGCUUUGUUGCUGAGGAGUGCGACUGGGGUUUCACUCGCUUUGCCGACCUGCGCAAGCUGUACACUCCAGACGCCGCCAACGGCAAGCAGCGCCCCACGAUUGAGAAUGACGAGGUGGAGAUUACCGCGUUUGUGCGUGUCCUCAAGGACCCAACAGGCGUCCUGUGGCACAACUUUGUCAACUAUGACUCGAAGAAGGAGACGGGACACGUUGGUCUUCGCAACCAGGGCGCAACUUGCUACAUGAACUCGCUAUUGCAGUCGCUCUACUGCACCAACUACUUCCGCAAGGCAGUGUAUCAGAUCCCCACCGACCAGGAUAUCCCCUCCGAGAGCCUGGCACUGGCGCUCCAGCGCGUCUUUUACCACCUCCAGACCUCGGGACAGCCGGUUGGCACGACUGAGUUGACAAAGUCGUUUGGCUGGAAGUCGCUCGACUCGUUUAUGCAGCACGACGUCCAGGAGUUUUCGCGUAUCCUCCAGGACAAGCUCGAGGUCAAGAUGAAGGGCACCCCAGCAGAGGACGCCAUCCCCAAGCUCUUCAAGGGCCAGAUGAAGAACUAUAUCAAGUGUAUCAAUGUCGACUUUGAAUCGUCGGUCAUUGAGGACUUUUACGACAUUCAGCUCACCAUCAAGGGUCUCAAGAACCUCCGCGACUCGUUCCGCGACUAUGUCUCUGUCGAGACUCUGGACGGUGACAACAAGUACAUGGCCGAGGGCUUUGGCCUCCAGGACGCCAAGAAGGGUGUCAUCUUCAAGUCCUUCCCCCCAGUCCUCCACCUCCAGCUCCGUCGCUUCGAGUAUGACGUCGAAAAGGACGCCCUUGUCAAGAUUAACGACCGUCACGAGUUUCCCUUUGAGAUUGACCUCGGCGAGUUUCUCGACGAGUCGGCGGACCGCUCAGUCUCGCACGUUUACAAGCUCCACGGCGUCCUUGUGCACUCGGGUGACCUGCACGGCGGCCACUACUUUGCGCUCAUCAAGCCCGAAAAGGACGGCCGCUGGUUCAAGUUUGACGAUGACCGCGUCACACCCGUCACCGACAAGGAGGUCCUCGAGGACAACUACGGUGGCGACAUGCUCAACGGCCUCAUCCCUCCCCACCAGCGCACCCAGGCUCGUACGCUCAAGAAGUUUACCAACGCCUACAUGCUGGUCUACAUUCGCGAGACGGAGCUCGACACGGUGCUGGCGCCGUUCACCGAGGUGGACACGCCCAAGCACCUCAAGGAGCGUCUGGACGCCGAGCGCGAGCAGCUCGAGGCCAAGCGCAGGGAAAAGGACGAGCAGCACCUGUACCUGACUGCCAAGGUCAUUACCGACGAGAUCUUCUCUAGGCAUCAGGGCUUUGACCUUGCGUCGUUUGACGACAAGAACCUCCCGGCUACCGAACUGCCCACGUUCCGUGUCUUGAAGAACGAGUCGUUUGGCGUCUUCAAGCAGCGCAUCGCCGGGUAUUUCAAGAUUAACGAGCGCGACUUUAGGCUCUGGGUGCUUGUCAACCGCCAGAAUAAGACGAUUCGCCCCGACGUCCCCAUUCAUGACAGCGACAACAACCAGACCAUGGAGUUUAUCCGCAACAACAUGGCUGCCCGCGCCACCGACCUGCGUCUCUACCUCGACUACAACCCUGACCAUGCCAAGUUUAACGCACUUCACGCCGACCCCAACAACCAGCCCAUCAUGAUAUUCCUCAAGUGGUUUGACUGCUCGCGCCAGACUCUUCUUGGACAGGGCAAGGUGUUUGUCAACAAGCAUGGCAAGGCCAGCGAGCUGUACGCGUUCAUCCAGGAGAAGAUGGGUUGGCCAUCGUCGACCCCGAUGAAGCUCUACGAGGAGAUCAAGGCCGGCAUGAUUGAGAGCAUGAAGGUCAAGCAGACGUACCAGCAAAACGAGAUUCAGGACGGCGACAUUAUCACCUACCAGGUUGACAUUUCCGACAAGGAAGUGGCGGACCUCGAGGCCCAGUCGCUGUACUCGUCGGUCCCUCAGAUCUACGAUUUCUUGCAGAACCGCGUCCUUGUCCAGUUCAAGCCCCGCUACGACGACGGCAACAAGUCGCCGCCCGAGUUUGACCUCAUGCUCAGCAAGAAGAUGACGUACGAGGUCAUGGCCCACCGUGUCGGCGACUACCUCAAGCACGACCCUCUCAAGCUGCGGUUUACGUCUUCCAACCCGCAGACUGGUGCCCCCAAGGCGGUGAUCAAGCGUGCCCUCAACCAGAGCGUGGCCGACAUCACCCAGACCAACUACUACAGCCAGCACCCCAACGUCAUUCUCUACUAUGAGCUCUUGGACAUUUCUAUCAUCGAGCUCGAGACGAAGAAGUCGCUCAAGGUUGUGUGGACCGGUCGCAACAACAAGGAGGAGGCAACUCAUUCGUUCUUGCUGCCCAAGACAUCCACGUUCAACGACGUUGCCGACAACCUCGGCCGCACCGUCAAGCUUGUCCCUGGCGGCUCUGGCAAGAUUCGCAUCUUUGACAUUGCCACCAACGGCAGGUCACAGCGCGAGUACACCAGUGCCGAGAUGAUUGGCCACCUCGCCGACCCGGCCGAGCUGUACGCAGAGGAGAUUCCCAACGAGGAAAUCAACCCGCCCGACAACACCAAGAUUGUCAACCUGUUCCACUACUCGCGGGACCCCAGCAAGACUCACGGCGUGCCCUGCAAGUUUGUGCUGUACGAAGGCGAAAAGUUUGAGGACACAAAGUCGAGGAUACAGGAGCGCAUUGGUGUUUCGGACAAGGAUUUCGUCAAGUACAAGUUUGCCCUGGUCCAGAGCACUGUGUUUAAGCAGCCGAGCACUGUGGAAGAGAAUGACGUCCUGUACGAUCACAAAUGGGCAGCCGACGACGCCCUCGGUCUCGACCAUCUCGACAAGCGUCCCAACAAGGUCAACGCCGAAAAGGGUAUUGUGAUGAGGUAG